AUGACUGAAAUAAAAAUCUCGCUCCCGUUGACGGCGGUGCCAGAAGACUCUGCGCCGCCAAAGCCCAACGGCAAAACAGUGCCUAAACGCAGAGGUUUGCCUUUGCAUCAGAUCUAUUCCCUGCCCGUACCGAUUCGGACUUUUCCGCUACCAGCAUUCUAUCCCAACAAUCCCAUAUCCAUAAUCCACGUAGCGUACGCAUGGCUAAAACAGACUGUGCGCCCACCGCCUGCGGAACCCUCCAUCGUCUACCACGGCGUGUGGUCGGAAGGCACCAACUCUGUCCACAUAACCGAUGAAACAUUCAUGAGGGGCUUGUGGGAACAAGGCUUUUUUGGUAAAGGUAGUCUAAGUCGAAGUGAACCGAGCUGGCUACGUCGCGAGCUCGUCCGCAAGGGUCUCGAAGCGACGCACGUCAGUGAAAUACACACAACCCAAAGACGACAAGAACGUGCCGAUGCAAAAUGGGAACGCGCUAAGCUCGAGCAAGAGGCCAUUCGUCAAACAAAACUCAGCGAGACGCAAACUGUGGCUGUCGCGGCAGACGCGGUAACAAAGAUUAAGCCUCCUGUUGGCCCGGCAGAGCUUCUGGCACUUCCUAACUCUAUGUCAGAAAUCAAAGUGGCGAGGCCGAAGCUGGCGACGACGUCGAUUCUCGUAAAUGGCGAUUACAUGGCGCCACCCUCUGAGCUUUCGCUCAUGGAGAAGCUCGCUGGUAUCACUACUGAAACCGGGAUCAAUGGUUCUACGACAACUCCCCAGACGCCAGCAUCGCGCUCUCGCGGCAGUUCAACAAAUUCCCGAGACGGUUCCGAGAAGCCUCAAAAGAGUGUUCGAUUUUCACCGCAAGUGGAAUCCACUACAUUUGAAUUCUCCGAUCCGCCAAGUUCCAAAACCACUCCUGACGGGCGUGCCGAGCUGACAACCCCCCAUGACGAUGACUCACCCGUGACGGCGACAGAGUCCCCCAAAGACACUCUUGUCAACAAGGAGCAUCUUCAGCUCACCCCAGAAGAGGCUUUCUUCCUCAACUUUGGUCUAGGGGCGCUUUCCAUCACGGAUCCAUACUCUGGGCUUGACAUGUCUACCAUGGAGCUACUGCGCUUAUUCCGCGAACACUCCUAUUCACCCCCGCGAAAUGGACCCGACGCAGACGACUUGCAACCAGACGAUAGCUUUUUGGUACAUUAUGUCGUGUACCAUCACUUUCGCUCGCUCGGUUGGGUUCCUCGCGCGGGCAUCAAAUUUGGCGUCGACUGGCUUCUAUACGCUCGCGGCCCCGUGUUCGACCACGCUGAAUUUGGCCUCAUCAUCGUUCCAUCCUACUCGCAUUCCUGGUGGAAAGCGCAUUGGAAAAGAGCGGAAACAAAAUCUUGGGCCUGGCUUCAUAGCGUGGUGCGAGUGCUGUCACAUGUCACCAAGAGCCUGGUGCUCGUGUACGUGGACGUCCCGCCCCCGCCGAUUUUUGACGCGGCCAUCACAGCUGGCUUAACAGAUGCGUUGAAACUGUACAAAGUAAGAGAAAUCAUGGUCAAGCGCUGGGCUGCCAACAGGAAUCGGUAG